AUGGUCCUAGGCUUGGAUUGCUUUGGUUUUAUGGCGAGGAAGGCGUUGGAGUCAUCUAAGAAGCAAGAAGCUGGAGAUGCGAGGAAAAAGAAGGACGCAUCAGAAGAAGCAGCAUCACGGGAGGCCAGCUGCCUAGAGGGCUUAAGCCGAUACAAUUAUAUUUUACACGUUCAAGAAGUGAAAGGAGGGAUCCAUAAUCAAAAUUCAAGUAUCAAGAUGGUCCUGGGCUUGGAUUGCUUUGGUUUUAUGGCGAGGAAGGCGCCGGAGUCAUCUAAGCAACAAGAAGCUGAAGAUGCGAGGAAAAAGAAGGACGCCACAGAAGAAGCAGCAUCCCAGGAGGCCAGUGAGAAUAAGGGUGAGAAGGCUGUAGAGAUGAACAAUGUUAGCCCACAGGAUCAGGGGCCCCCUUGUGAGUCACUUCACUCACCAUUCUUACCGACCACGAUCUAG